ACAAAGAAGGAUGUAAGCAAGAAAGAAGAUGGCACCAGAUACAGGCUGAAGUUAACAAUCUGAGAGAUGAUUUGGAGAAGAAGCAGAAAACUGAAGCUUGUUCUCAUUCUAGCCCCUCUUCAGAAGAUGAUGUAAAGACAGCUUCUCGGCAUCAAUCGAGGGGUGAGCCAAAACAAAGAGCCUGGACUCAAUCUGAUAUUCCAAAGUUUGAGGAAGGAGAGGACAUUGAACAGUACCUGACAACCUUUGAAAGGUUAGCAACGGCACACCAGUGGCCCGAGAGGGACUGGACAGUAAGGUUGGUACCUCAUCUCACCGGCAGAGCCUGAACAGCGUAUAUGGCCAUGGCUGCAGAGGAUUCCUGUGACUAUGGUGAAGUAAAAGCAGCCAUCUUGACAAAGUAUGAAAUUAAUGAAGUAUACCGACAACGAUUUAGAGAUCCAGAGGUCCGUGUGAAUGAAACCCCUCGAGAGUUCUACAACCAUCUGAAAGACCUUUACCUGAAGUGGAUACAGCCUCAGAGGAGAAGAAAGGAUGAGAUUGGGGAAAUUCUCAUCCUGGAACAGUUCUACAGUUCUCUGUCACCAGAGCUGAGAGUGUGGGUCAAAGAGAGGAGCCCAGCAUCGACACAAGAAGCAGCAGAACUUGUUGAAAACUUCCUGGCUGCAAGACGGGGACCAAAAACCUUCCGAUACAGCCUGCAACAGAAGUCCAGCUUAAUGCAGGGUAAGUCUGUGGGGUUUGGUUUGGGUGGUGGUCCAGGUCAGAUGACAGGGGUAGAGAAGCAAAGGGGGAAAAUGUUCUCAUCCAAGCUUAAGUCGGAAACAAAAUCUGUUGUCUGCUAUUUCUGUGGUCAAGAGGGUCAUAUAAAACCAGAAGGUCCAUUGAGAAAAGCCAAAUCGGCAUAUUUUUGCACUGUACCAAGGUCAUUGUCCGCAGAAGACCAAUUUCAGGGUAAGAAACGAGUUAUGGAGGUUAGAGUAAAUGGAAAACCAGCCAUUGCUCUUUUAGAUACAGGAAGCGCACAGACCUUAGUCCAUCCUUCUAUUUUGAAAAAUCAAUGCUAUCUACAGGGCCCAGGCCUUGAUAUUUCCUGUGUGCAUGGUGAUCAUAAAACUUACCCCACUGCUGCAAUCUAUCUAGAAGUGGCAAACCAAACUUAUCUCUUAAGUGUAGGUGUAGUUGAAGGUCUUGCCCAUAAAGUUAUUUUGGGUCAGGAUAUUCCAGUCUUGCCAGAACUGAUCCAGGCCUGUAAGCCGGAGUAUGUUGUAACCCGAUCACAAACACAAGCUAAACAAUUAGCUGGGGGUGAUGAUUCUGAACCUCUACCUGAGACUGUGGAGACAGGCCAGCAAAUAAACUCUGAAACUACUGUCAAACUGAAUUAUCGGCAAGAACUGCCCUUUAAUUUUGAUUUUCCUUUUGAGUGUGGUUAAAGUGAGGAAAAGCAAACAACAAAGGCGGCUUCAGAAAAUGGCAGGCACAGUUAGACAAACAUCUUUGGGAUUGCCAGAUCUUGAGGGGGACAUUGUGGGCUCACAAGUUGAGACUUCAAGAGAUUACAACAGUCUGAUGAAUCGCUGAAGGGUCUCUUUGAUCAAGCAACUCCUUUCACUGUGGGAGAAAUUGGUAAACAGCCUGAUGGGGGAUAUUAUAUCCUUAGAAAUGGGUUGCUUUACCUCAAUGAGGGAAAAACAGGAUCUCAGAAACUUGUGGUUCCACAAAGUCUAAGGGAACAGGUGCUAAAUUUGGGUCAUGGGGCACCCUGGGCAGGACAUUUGGGUUUUAAAAAGACCUAUGACAGGAUUUAUGCCAGGUUUUAUUGGCCAGGUCUUUAUAAUCACGUAAAAGAGUACUGCCAAUCAUGUGCAGUGUGUCAGCUGUCAGGGGGAAAGAAUGUCCCAAAGUACCCACUGCAGUCAUUACCUAUUAUUGAUGUUCCUUUCAGCAGAAUAGGUAUGGACAUUGUGGGACCACUGGAAUGAACUCAAGCAGGAAAUUGGUUUAUUCUGGUUGUAUGCGACUAUAGCACUCGCUAUCCACAGGCUUUCCCCCUUACGGACAUAACAGCUAAACGGAUAGCCUUUGCUUUACUCCAGUUGUUCUCUAGGGUGGGGAUUCCAUCAGAAGUACUUACUGACCAGGGUACUAACUUUUUGUCAAACAAUCUUAAGCAGGUCUACAGAUUGUUGGGCAUAAAGGGUAUACGGACCACCCCCUACCACCCACAGACUGAUGGGUUGGUAGAAAGGUACAACCGGACAUUAAAGAGUAUGUUGAAGAAGUUUAUCUCUGUCAAUGGCAAAGACUGGGAUAAGUGGCUACCCUAUCUUCUGUUUGCUUAUCGGGAAGUUCCGCAGGCGUCCACUGGCUUUUCGCCAUUUGAACUUCUUUAUGGCAGGCAGCUGAGGGGCCCUCUGGAUGUCCUUCAAGAGUCCUGGGUUGGCAAGAAGGAUCAGUCAACCAAUGUCAUCAACUACGUUCUGAAUAUGAGACAGAAGAUGGAGGAGACAACCAGCCUCGUCAGAAGGCACCUGGAGAAGGUUCAACAGCAGCAACAGACCUGGUAUGACAAAACGGCCAGAUGCAGAUCCUUCAAACCAGGUCAGAAGGUUCUUUUACUACUUCCAACAUCUGACAAUAAACUUUUAGCAAAAUGGCAGGGGCCAUAUACUGUUGUGAAGAAGCUAAGUGCUACCACCUAUGAGAUUGAGAUGCCUGAGAGAAGAAAUUCAAAGCAGACCUUUCAUAUCAAUCUGCUUAAG